AUGGACUGCUUUCCGAAGCUUUUGGAUCCCACUGAGAGCUUCCUGUGCUGCCUUAGUCUCACCGUUGGAGUGAAGCUCUUGAUGUGGCCGCACUUGGUUCUGGUGCUGUACACUGUAGCCACAGCCAUCGAAAAUCUCAUUGGAGAGGACAAUGGUCCAGGUGCAUCUCAGCUGUUUGAAACCCUUUGGUCGUUGAUUGGAGUUCCUGUUCUCUUCGCCGGGCUUUGGGGCGUAUACCAUCGUGCAGAACCGCACGUACGCCUCUACUGGUACUACUUGGUGGCGAGUUUCAUCAUUGAUUUGUUCUACAUCGUGAAUCUCUUCAUCCUUCAAGAUGCAUGUGUGCAUUUGAAGCUCGAAGAGGCGGCACAUGGCGGUCAAGCCUUUGCAUGUGGCGUGGCACGUAGCAUCAGCACAACUGCCGCAGUUGUGUCCAUCAUCGUAGCUUUGUACCUGAUCUACAUCGUUUGGUCCUGGUGUGAGGACGUUGACAGCAGCCAGGGAUCUGACGCCAUUGCCUCCUUGCUGGACCUUGCAGAUGGCAUUGCGCUAAAGAAGCCGUGGAGAUGCCCAGAUCGACUUGGGGGAACCGGGAAUUGUCAGAUCCACUGA